AUGAAGCUUACGGCUGGUCCUCUUUUCACCAUAUUGGCAUUGAUUGCCUACUUGCCCAGCAUCCUUGCCGUUGACGGACUCGCUGCGAAUAGACGUUCGGUUGCCGUAUCGAGUCAGGAGCUGGCUAACAAUGGAACUGCCGCUGGGAACGACGCCGGAGCAGUGAAUUCUGACCAGAACGAAGACAACAAGGAUGGCGCUGGCCAGAAUGGUAAAGAAAAUAAGGACGGGAACGACAAUGCGGAUGAGGAAGAGAACGCUAAUGACCAGAAAGAUGCCGACAAGGAAAAUAAAGACCAGAAUAAUGAUAAUAACGACAAGAACCUUGAUGAAGACAAACUUAACAAUGGAAAUAUCAAGGAUAAUCUUCAGCAGAAUAUCGGGAAACUCAUGCUUCUGCUGGGUGUCUGCAACUUCGACCUCGGCAGCAUCGGUGGUAUAGGUAUCGGGAACCAGAUCCAGCUUCUUCUUCAACUCCAGCAACUUGCCCAACUGCAGCAACUUGGACUUGUUAACUCGUCCUCCAUCGAACAGCUUCUUCGCCAGGAACUCCUCCUUAAGAACUUCAACCUCAGAAUCAUUAAGCGAACUGUCGAUGCAUCUGUUAAGCAGGCUGCCCGUGGGAAGGGGCGUACUAUUGUGGCUAGGAAGGCGUGCCAAAAUAAGGUCUAG